AUCAAUAGCAGGGUGUUAAUUAAAGCUAAUUGCACUGGAGAAGGGCUUGGUUUGAAAGCAAAGAGGUGGGAGGGGGCACGUGCAGGGGGAAGCUCAUGGCUGCAGGUGAUUAUUUUUAAUCUCUUCCCCAUCUGGCCACAGAGCAGCCCCACUUCUCUUUCCUGCUCCUUGUUCCUCCUCUGCAGGCACCUUAAACCUCUGGGAUGAAGGUGACCCCAUCCUGACCCUUCCCAUCACCACAAACUCCCCCUUUUAUUCCCCUUAAAGUCUCAUUUCCCAUUGGAUUUCAGCCAGUGGUGGCAGGGCACCAGCUCCUAUGGAUGUGGGAGGUGCCAGCCCUGUCACCCCAGGAGCUGGCAGGGAUUCCUAUGAUGGGAUUUUGGGGUGAGAAAAGGGACUUUUGGGAUAAUCCACCCUGACAGACAGUGAGGUGGUAACGUGCCCUGGACACAGAAACUGGUUGAGGCUGACAGUCUCAGUGUGGUUUCAUUAAUUGGUUUCAUUCAUUGGUGGGCACUGGCAGACUGGGAUGGAGGGUUCUGGGUUUUCCUCCUCUCCUCCAGCUUUCCCAUCCCUUCUAACCCAGCAGCAGGGGGUUCAGUGCUGUUUCCCUCUUAAAAAGAGGGUUUUUUUCCUCAUUUUCCAUUUUUAGGGGGAUCCCUUCUAUUUUUGGCUGCUCCUCCUUUUUUUGGGUAACUGAAGACCUGGUAGCCUUGGGCAUGGCCCUUUGCAGGUCCCUGUCAAGUUCUCCAAGGGUGUUUUGGUGGGAAAAUAUGUUGAAAAGGGGUGUAGGUCACACUGGUUCACUUCAAACUCAGUACCCGUGCCUCAGUUUCCCUUGCUUUACUGUAGCACCUGCACAGCUGGAGCAUCUUCUUCCUCUUGGUACCACAGUCCCAGGGGACUUUCCUGUCCCCAGCAUCUGCCCACAUUUAGAAGGAGCCAAAUAUAAGGAAAAUGAGGCAAAAAUGGAGGAAAGACUCAAAAAUGAAGAGAAGCAGCCAUAAAACGAGGGGGAAAAUUUUUUAAAAAAUUACAGAAAAGACCAAAUAAUCCAUAAUGACCUGAGCCAGCCACAUCCUGGCACCCAAAGGCAGGAGAAUCCCCUGCCCUGGUGGCAUCUGUGCCGUGCCAGGGCCGUGCAGUGCCAGGCAGAGCCAUUCCUGCCAGCUGGGUUUCUGUUCCCCCUUUCCCCGGGGUGAAAGAGGAAAGGGAAGUGUUGCUCAGUGGGGUGAGCACAGCACCCACAGAUGUGCCAAGGGCUGGCAGAGCCGUGGGUCCCAGCACCCUGGGGCCCCCCAAGAGGUGCUGCAGAGGGGCCGUGCCAGCAGAGAGGACAUUGACAGCUGGGAACACCGCCAUGGCCAACCUGACAGCCACGAGCAGCGGGAGGAACUCGUGCACCUACCACGAGGAGUUCAAGCAUGUGCUGCUGCCCCUGGUGUACUCGGUGGUGUUCGUGGUGGGGCUGCCCCUCAACGCCGUGGUCAUCGGGCAGAUCUGGCUGGCGCGGAAGGCGCUGAGCCGCACCACCAUCUACAUGCUCAACCUGGCCGUGGCCGACCUGCUCUACGUCUGCUCCCUGCCACUCCUCAUCUACAACUACACCCAGAAGGACUACUGGCCUUUCGGGGACUUCACCUGCAAAUUCGUGCGCUUCCAGUUCUACACCAACCUGCACAGCAGCAUCUUCUUCCUCACCUGCAUCAGCGUCCAGCGCUACCUGGGCAUCUGCCACCCCUUGGCCUCGUGGCACAAGAAGAAGGGCAAGAAGCUGACGUGGCUGGUGUGUGCGGCCGUGUGGUUCAUCGUCAUCGCCCAGUGCCUGCCCACCUUCGUCUUCGCCUCCACGGGCACGCAGAGGAACCGCACGGUCUGCUACGACCUGAGCGCGCCCGACCGCUCCGCCGCCUACUUCCCCUACGGCAUCACCCUCACCUUCACCGGCUUCCUGCUGCCCUUCGUGGCCAUCCUGGCCUGCUACUGCAGCAUGGCCCGCAUCCUGUGCCAGAAGGACGAGCUGAUCGGCCUGGCCGUGCACAAGAGGAAGGACAAAGCCGUGCGCAUGGUCAUCAUCGUGGUCAUCGUCUUCUCCAUCAGCUUCUUCCCCUUCCACCUCACCAAGACCAUCUACCUGAUCGUCCGCUCCUCGCCCGCCCUGCCCUGCCCGGCCCUGCAGGCCUUCGCCAUCGCCUACAAGUGCACGCGGCCCUUCGCCAGCAUGAACAGCGUGCUCGACCCCAUCCUCUUCUACUUCACGCAGCGCAAGUUCCGCGAGAGCACCCGCUACCUCCUCGACAAGGUGAGCUCCAAGUGGCGCCACGACCACUGCAUCACCUACGGCUCCUAGGAGAGCACGAGGCCACCUCGGUGCCACCGAGGCACGGAGCAAUUUGGGUCUGAGCUCCACAGAGCAGAGAUGGCUUCCCCGAGGACAUGCUGGAGGAGAGGAGGGUGGCACAUCCCCAGCUGUCAGCACUUUCAGCCCAUCUCCAGCCUGCUGGUGGAUCCACCUCCAUUCAAUGGUGCAGUGUUAACUCCAUCACAAAUCCAGUGUUCUCUCCCUUGCUCACUUGGAGCAGCAGCUCAGCACCUUGGUGGUCAAGCCACCGAUGCAAUAAAAAUCCACUGGGACCGUGGAGAACAAGAUGGAGCUCCAUGGAGGACACAUCCCUGGCUCAGGAUGAGCUGCUGGUGGAUGAUUUGUGUCCAUGCUCAAUUAAAAAUUCCCUGAUGGGGACAGCAUGAAGGCUGGGGAAGGUUUGGUUCAGCCCAUACCACAUCCAUGUGUUUCUCCAGCUCAAGAUCAGUGUCACAGGUGGUUUUAGUGAAACAUCCUUUUUGGGACAUCCCUAUCCCCCAGUGCCUGGAAUGAGGCCACACCAGCCAGAGACACAGGCUCACUGGUAUUGCUGGUGCUGCAAAAUGGUGGAGGAGCACCCCUAGAUGGACUGGGAACCAGGAAAGGGGACAUCAGGGCAACUGGAACACCAAUGCUGGAUUUCCCACUGAAGCCAUGACCAUGGGCUGGGUUAGGCAGCAUUGUCACCUGCCUGGGGACCUCCAUAAGUCCGAAUCCAGCUCCCUAUUUAGCUCAGCACCCCAAGUCUGGCCCAUCCUGGUGUCAGUGGUGCCCUGCUGUCACCUCCUAACCAGGAUCCACCACAAUCAGAGCCAGCACACGUGGACACAACACCCAGAGUUGGAAGAUGCAUUCCACAGAGAGCUACUCAGUGUCCUGGCCACGUCACCAUACAUCCCACAGCUGGCUUACCCUCUCCAUGGGGUUGGGACUUGAGCUUUGCUCCCCCAGCCUCUGUUGGGAUGCUGCUCCCUCACAGCAAGGAGGGAUUUGCGAGGUGCAUGCAGCACUCAUCGCUCUGCGGGUCUUCUCUAACAUAUAGGAUGUAUAGAAUAACUCCCUGCUCUCUCUCAGAUGGGUGUAUACACCCACUGUAUGUACAGACAUAGAAUAUAUCCGAGCAGAGGGAGGUUUGUGGCCCAGCCCAGGCUCUGCAGUGCAGAAAUUCUCUGCCUGAACACCGUAUAUGUAUCUAUACAGCGUGUAUAUAUAUAUAUAUAUAUAAAAAUAUAUAUGUGGAUGACUGCAUUUUUCAUGCCUGCUUAUAAUAAUCAUACCUGAGGGGAUUGAAGUUAUUUGCUUUAAAUCUCCAGGGUUGAGCCCCCCUCCAGCUUGGCUGCCUGCAGCUGGCCAAGCGUGCAGCUCCAUCCUGACUUGCUCCCUGCAGGUACACAGUGUCUCCUCCUGCCUGGGCACCCAAGCAUCCAGUGCUGGCAGUCCCAGUGUGUCUCCUUGCUGUCAUGAGGAUGAGGAGGGUGUCCAGAGUGGUCACAGGCUCUUGGAUGAUGCUCAGAGAUCUCAGCAUCAUGGCUGGGCUGGAACAGAGUGUGAUCCUGCAGCAGCAUUAACUCAAACCACCAGGUUUUGCAGGAGUUUCGUCCCUGUCCUGACAGUGACAGUGACUCUGGGUUGGAGCACAGUAUGUGAUGGAGGAGGCAAAGGCAGCCCCGUGCUUUCCCUUGGCCUGAGCUCACCCACGCCAAAAUCCUCUCUGAUGCAUUUUUGGGGUCCUGCAAUGGAAGGGCAAAACGCUGGGGGGCUGCAGGAGCGGUGGCUGGGGGGACAACCCCAGCCUGACGUCCCCAUCUCUUCCCAGACAGGAGGAAGGUGACAGAGUGGGAGGGCCGGGCCACGCCAUCCGGACCCAGGAGAGGGCGCAAAAUAUUUAGAUUUGGAGAAAUCCGGCUGAUCUGUGGGUGUCCACCUGGCUCCAGGGAGGGAGGGAGGAGCCCUGCACCAUCAGAGCGCCCAGCGCCUGGAUAGGACCCAUGGGAGGAGGUGGCCGAAAAUUCGAACCACGAUAAAGCUCUGAGGGGGGAAAAAAAUGUAAUCAGCUUCCAAAAAGUCUGGUGGUGGCUGCAAGGGCUGCAUGGGCUCGGGUGGUAACAUCCAACAACCUCAAGAUGAUGUUCCUGAUACUGGAAUCACUAAUUUGGAAUGUUUUUGAAGAGGAGGGAGCACACAGAGCUGUCUCUGGAUCUCGCCAUGCCCUGCCCUACCCUGUCAGCAGUUCCCUUGGCACCACCAAGCCUGGAAGUGAUGGGUAUAAAGGGAUGCCUUAGAAAUGGGG